CUACAGAAGAGCCAGUGACUAAAUUGAUCCAAAAUGCUGAACCUAAAGUCUUCUCUCCUAGAGAGGGUCUGUUUCCCAGUUCUUGGCAACCCAUCAUGGUGCAGUGUGGAGAAGAUGAAAUGAUGAUUCAGGUUCAUCGUGAUCUCUUUCAGACAGGCCACUUUAUCCAAGCAAAGGAUCUCAGCAUUUGGCCACAAGCCUGCCAUUACUCUAUUGUUAAUCAGUCUGCUACCUUGAUUAUCUUCAAAGUGGAACUCCAUGAGUGUAUCCAGAACUUGCAGGUACUUGAUUUCAUGCUCUAUAAUGUUAGCUUGUACUAUAAGCCGGAGUCUGCAAGCAACUUGACAACUAUUAAGAGUGCAGAAGAGUUCCCCAUUGCUUGCCACUACUCAUGGAAAAAUGAUGUGAGCAGUAAUGCCAUCCAGACCACCUGGGUACCUUUUACUUCAGCAACGUUUGAGAAAGAAAAGCAGUACUUUUCCUUGCGUCUGAUGACAGGCAAGUUAGAUUCCAUAUUUUAGGUGAACACCUUGGGGAAAAUGUUUUAAUUUG